UGCAGAUAAACUCAUCUGUUUUUUUUUUUUUUUUUCCAACCUGAAAUUCUGGCUUAAGAACUUCAUUUUUGAAAGAUUUUAGAUGUUUUUUGAUCGAAUUCGAUAUUCUUUUGGUGAUUCUUGUGGAUGAUCUUUGAAUUCUUUGAGAGAUUAACGGAUUCAAAUGAUCAAAUCACAGUUCUUGAAAGGUUUUCUGUCACUUGAUUCUCGACUGUGUAGAAUCAGUAUAUCUUGAGCAUCAAUGAAUUGGACCUCUGUAAUCUCUGUUUUCUGAUUUCCCGUUUUGGAGAUUUUCUCAGUGAGAUCCAUUGAAGCUUCCUUUUUAACUCUUUUAUAAGCAGUUCUGGUUGCCUUUUAAAAAACAGUUCUGGUUUAUUCAAGCAAUUCCCAGCAUGGAAUGAGUUACUGUUCUUGAAAUGGAAAUCCCAGAAGCAGCUAGCAAAGCAAGAUUUUUUUUUUUUUUUUUUGCCUAUCGAUUACUAGAUGAUUUGUGCUGUUGACUGUAAAUUUCUCCGUUAUGGUUUUCAAAUUUGUCUCUCUUCUUUGUUAAUUCAGGUUUCUUUAUAGUUGCUUUGAUUUCCUCAUAUCUCUGUAUUUUUUUUUUUCUUGAUCUGGAUUUUUUGGGAUUAUCUGUCGAGUUGGGAUUACUAUUACAUCAAUCCUUUGUUUCUGUUUUUAGGCAAUUACGGAUAUCUUUUCCAAGCAUUCUGUUCCUCAGCUUUUCGCAGCAAUGGCUAAGCUGCUUCUGAUGCGAUGUCUCCUCGCAUUUCUCUAUUCUGCAUUACUGUUUUCUGCAACCUCAGCAACUACAGAUCCGCUUGAUGUCACAGCGCUACAAGAUCUUUACAGUGCCCUGAACAUUCCACCUCAGCUAACUGGAUGGAAAUCUGUCGGUGGUGACCCCUGUGGGGAAGAUUGGAAGGGAAUAUCAUGCUCUGGAACUUCUGUUCAAUCCAUUAAGAUUGAUGGACUAGGGAUCAAUGGAACAUUGGGUCUCCAACUAUCAAGCCUCCUCUCACUGAAAUAUUUUGAUGGUGGAUUCAAUAGUAUUCACAGUGAAAUUCCUUUCAAUUUACCCCCCAAUGCCACCCACAUAAAUUUGGCAUUCAAUCAAAUCAGCCAGAACAUCCCAUCCUCCUUGGCUUCUAUGAAAUAUCUCUGCUCCCUGAAUCUUAGCCACAAUUCCCUAUCUGGGCCCAUUGGAAACAUAUUUACAGAUCUGCUAAAUCUAAAACAAUUGGAUCUAUCUUACAACAAUUUCAGUGGAGAUUUGCCAGUCUCAUUCAGUAAUUUGACCAAUCUUAACAUUCUUCACUUACAGAACAACCAAUUUACUGGAUCGGUUAUCUUCCUGGAUAAGCUCCCACUGUCUGAACUUAACAUCCAAAACAACCACUUUAGCAGUGUCAUCCCAAAGCAUUUUGAAACCAUUCCAAUUCUCAGUAUUGGGGGAAAUGUGUUUGUGACUGGGGUUGUGCAUUCUCCUUCCCCUUAUAACUCUCACCACAAUAAGUCAAUUGGUCUGAGUGAAAGUAAUGCCGCAACAACCAAGUCAAGCGCCCUCAAGAACUAUACCUCUCUCAAAGUGGAUAUCCAUAAUCACAAGUGGAUGGGACCUGGAACAAUAACUUGUAUAGUUGGUGCAGCAGUAUUUGUAGUAAGCUGUGUUGCGGCCCUUGUUUCAAUCCACAUCCGUAUCUCACAUAAACAUAAGCUUAAGAGAUUGGAGAUUAUCCACCGCACUUCACAUAGUCUUCCUAUCAGUACAAUCAGAGGUAGAAUUUUCCCCUCAGAACUCUAUCUUCUAAAUAAGAAACUAGAAAAAUGUCUAAAACUUUUGAAACAAUUCAUGGAGCAUCACUAUAUAGAAGAUGAAUGGUUCCAUCAACAAGUAUUGAACAAUUCUUACUCUUCCCCUUCUGCGAUUUGCUUUUAUUUUGCAGCACCAAGAGAUAGCCCGGAGCAAUGGUCCAUUUCUAUGGACAUUCUAAGGCCUAUACCUUCCGUUCGUAAUUGCAGAACGGAUGGACUAUCUAUAAUAAGAAGCCUUUCAAAGAGAAGAAGAGCACUAAUGACUGCUAAGCUUUAUACUGUUGCAGACCUGCAAGCUGCUACAAACUGCUUCGCAGACAACAACCUUCUUGGAGAGGGCUCUCUUGGUUCCGUCUACAGAGGCACGUUCCCUGAUGGCGAGAUUUUUGCUGUGAAGAAAAUCAAUAUGAUGCCGCUGUCUCUCCAUGAAGAAGUCGAAUUUCUGGAGCUAGUUAGGAACAUGUCUCUUUUGAGGCAUCCAAACAUCUCGAGCCUUUUCGGCUAUUGCAUGGAGCACCAGCAGUACCUUCUGGUGUAUGAGUUUGCCGGGAAUGUAUCACUCGAAGACAUCCUGCAUUUUGCUCGAGAUGAUGGUAGAUACCUGUCCUGGAAUGCUCGUGUGUGGAUCGCGCUUGAUGUAGCCCGGGCUUUGGAGUAUUUGCACUUAUUAUCGCCUUCUACUGCACAUGGCAACAUAAAGGCUGCCAAUGUCUUGCUCAAUGAUGAGCUCACGCCUCGUAUCUGUGACUGUGGAUUAGCUGUUCUGAGGCCCCUCACCUGCAUUAAGGCUUCUGAACUGCCUACUGGUGGCACGGGUUACAAAGCUCCCGAAUAUGGGAUGCCUGGAAUCGAUAAUACAAAGAGCGAUGUCUAUGGGUUUGGAGUUUUGCUGCUGGAGCUCUUAACUGGGCUGAAACCUUUUGACAGUUCAAGGGCAAAAGAGAAGCAGUCUCUAAUUAAAUGGGCUUCAACACGGCUGCACAAUUUCAGUUCUCUGCAAGAGAUGGUCGAUCCGGCCAUUAGAGGCAGCCACUCCGCCUUGGCUCUGUCCCAGUAUGCUGAAGCCAUUACCCUGUGUACUCAGGUAGAACCAGAGCUAAGGCCCCCCAUCUCUGAGAUUGCGGAAUUGCUGGCCUCUCUGAUCCAACGGACAGUCCGCACCGGACAGAGUUGGACAGACAGGGUCGAGGUGGACUCAACUGGCACGCCUUUCAGGACUCCUCGCAGCCAGUUCGAAUCUUGACUACCAUGACUGGAUACCUUUGCGCAGUUCAGAUAGCCGCAGCUGCAGCAGCAUCAUCUGAUCUGAGUCUGGUAGAUGUUCGUCUUUUGAGUGGGAUCAAUUUAGAUUCCCGGUCGAUAUCUUUAUGUUAUUUAAAUUUAUAAAUCUGUAAAGAUCGGUUGUAAUUUGAAUUUCUGGUUUUGCGUUCUGCAGCAGUCGAAUUGGUGCAUUUGUUUCUUGUUGUCAAUUGAGAUGUACGUGAUCAUGCAUGUUCUUAGUUGCA